UCGCAAAGUGCGCGGAGCCGGCGGCUACAACAUGGCGGAGUACGGAGGUAGAUUUGAAAGCCAGAAAUCAAUCGAGGAAGGGAGAGAAUUUAAACGGAGAACAAGGCAGGAGGUUGUGGCCAAGGCUCAAGCUAAAUAUGAGAAAGAAGAAAAACAGAAGCAGCUCAAACGUUUACGUGGUGAGGACACAUGGAUGUUACCAGAUGUUAAUGAACGAAUAGAUGAGCUUUCAGAGGAACAUUCUGUUAAAUCAAAAAAGAAAAAAAAGAAAUCAAAGAAAGACAAAAAAGUGAAAAAAAGGAACAAGUCAAAAGAAAAGACUGAUACAUUCAGUGACAGUUCUUCUAGUUCUGAGCUAAAAUGGGUUGAAUCUACUGGUUCGCUUCCUGACAACAUUCAGAAGCCCUGGAAAAUCAAGGAAGAACAAUUAUGUUCUUCAGAAAAAACAGACUCUGUUCAGAGGGAAGAAUGGAUGACGUUAGACUUCAUGUCCUUAAAGUCCAUAUCCACUUCGGAAAUUCGAGCUGGAAAACAGAAGGAAAAAGAAAUAAAGCAAGAGCGAGCACAAGCCAUUGAACAGGCUGAAAUAGACAAAAGAGAAUUAAAUCCAUUUUGGAAAAAUGGAGGAAUAGGCUUGCCAUCUGCACGGAGUGACUCAGCAGAAACUCAAAAAGCUGCUUUAAUAGAAGAUGGUGGGCUAAGUUGGCUGAGGCGUUCCCUUCAACGCAUGAAGGAAGAGGCGGAGAGGAAACCAUGUCAACUGGAGGAUAUCAUUGCUGAGAGAUAUGGAUCUGUGGAAAUAUUCCAGGAAAAGCUACAAGCUGCUGAAAAAGUCGUAGCAUCAAAACGUCAAAAAGGCACUGAAAGGAGUUGGAGAGGUUCUGGGGAAAAACCAAGGAACUGGACUUCUGAUCACAGCGAAAAGAGAAAAAAUGAUUAUGGAAGGGGACAAAAUAGAGGCAAAGUUGGACAUGGGGAAGGUGACAGUACUGUUGAAAGAAAAAAAACAGCAAUAAAUCUUCAGGAUCAAUUCAAAUGGAAAAAGGAUAAAGAAAGACAUGAACUGGCCAAUAGAUGUAGAGACAAAAGUAAAUCUCGUGAAAGGGAGGUGGAAAUUGAGCAUGAUAAAGAUCAAUAUAGAGAAUCCAGAAUCCACAAAGAGAAACAUAAGGAGACACAACAAAAAAAUAGUUAUGCCAGAGGUUUAGGAAGUAAUUGUUUCCAUGAAAGAAGGGAAGAUAAAUAUUUUCCCUUCACUGAUUUAAAAUCUAAGUUUAUGAAGCCUGAGGACUUUGAAAGUAAAAACAGCAAAUGGGGUAUCAGGUCUCCAAGCUGUUCUAAUCGGUUGUCAGAAUCACAACCUUUCCACAGUAGUAGUUUUCAAAAGCCGGAUCACAGUAGUGACAAUAUAUCAACAUGGAGCAGAUCUAAUAGUGGGGAAUGCUCAUCGCAACAACCUACAUCAAUGCCACAACAGAGAAUUGAAGAAAUGCCAAAUCUAUCAGAUGAACGGACAGAGACCAAGCCUGGGGAAAACAGUCCUGUGCAAAUAGCAGAUCCUGAAGACCAGCACAAGUCAAGCACCAGUAAUACUUCUAUUUCCACCAGAGCUGUUGCUACAAUUGAAGAACCCAUACAGCCCCUCAAUGAGGACGAAAUGAAUAAAUUGGGUGCUAAGGUCAUCAAAGCAGAGCUGAUGGGAAACAUGAACCUGGCAUUGAAACUCAAGGCUCGGUUGGAGGAGGCUCGAAAGUUGCAGAUACAAGGAAAAAGUCAUAUUACAGCAACUGCAAUACCAAAGAGGACUGACAGUGCGCCCAUAGAUGAAAAUCAUGAAGUGGUACUUGUUCGAACUGAUCCAUCGGGGAGAGUGUGGCCUGUUGGUGCAUCCGCAGAUAGCCUGAUCCACACAGAAGGAAAAAAGAAGAGACAAACGAUUGAGACUCACCAUGCAGGAGAGCGGAUUAGGUACUUUCAGGAUGAUGAUAAUCUGAGUCUGCAGGAUUUGGUUAGACAAGAGAAAAUGACGACUGCGGAGGAUCAAAAUGAAAGGUUCUCGCGCAUGGCUUCUAAAUUUAUGGAGAAGAUGGAUAGAGAUUACUACACAUUGGAUGACAUGUUUGUGUCUCAAGCUGCCAAGAAAGAGCAGCCAGGCCGUGAACAUGAAAGGCAACGGAGCAGAGCUAUACACGAGCACAAGCAUUGGGCUGGACGUAUGGAGAAAUGCCGGUAUUGCUUUGAUAACCCUGAACUUCCAAAGCACCUUAUCAUUGCUAUUGGUGUAAAGGUAUAUUUGUGCCUACCCAAUUACCAAUCAAUGACAGAAGGUCACUGCCUAAUAGUGCCUCUCCAGCAUCAUACUGCUGCUACUAUAUUGGAUGAAGAUAUCUGGGAGGAAAUGCAGCUCUUCCGAAAAGCCUUGGUGAAAAUGUUAGCAGAUAAAGAUCUUGACUGUGUCUUUUUUGAGACACAUAUGAGUUUGAAGAAACGGUUUCAUAUGGUGUAUGAAUGUAUUCCACUGCCAAAAGAACUUGGAGACAUGGCUCCUAUCUACUUUAAGAAAGCUAUAAUGGAGGCAGAUGAAGAGUGGGCCAUGAAUAAGAAGCUAGUUGACAUCUCCAACAGGGAUAUUCGCAGAGCUGUACCUAAAGGUCUUCCUUAUUUUUCUGUGGACUUUGGUCUUCAAGGUGGAUUUGCUCACAUCAUUGAAAAUGAGGACAUGUUUCCAUUUUAUUUUGGAAAGGAAAUUGUUGGUGGCAUGUUAGACCUAGAGCCACGGCGAUGGCGGAAACCACUCAGAGAAAACUUUGAUGAUCAGAGGAAGAAAGUGCUGCAGUUUUCGCAGUGGUGGAAGCCAUAUGACUGUACCAAUAGCAAAUAUAAAGAAUAAUGUCGUCAUCUGACAGAAAAUAGUUACUCUCUAGAAGCAUUGUGUGUACAAGUUCGAUGUUUCUUUACAUUGAUUCUCUAAUCAACCAUAACUGUGUAGAACAACUGAAAUAGUUCACGAUUCUACAUUUUAUUGUGAAGACAGUUCAAGAAUGUAAAAUUUAAAUUGUGCCAUUUUGAGAAAUUUAAGUCUGUAUCAUAGAAAAUAAAAAAGCCUAAUGUACAUAUUUUUAAUUUGCCCUUAGUUCUAAGGUCCAAAUUUCAUUGUGUUCAAUUAAAGUGUAUGAAAGCAAAUUAAAAUUUGAUACUCUGAA